AUGCCGCAGCGCAUGCCCGGCCCUGCGCCCGGCCCACCGCCGAAACCGUACGUGAAGCUUGCAGGGAAGAGCCACGCGCAGAGCGUGCAGCGUUCCGAGACAACGCCACCGCCAGCGCAGCAACCCCUGGCAACGCCCACUACCAAGCGCGGCAAGAAGCAUGCGCCGGAGGAGCAAGGACGGCGCGAAAAGCGGUUGCGCCGCUUUGAAGAGGAGCAGGCCGCGUUUGAGCGCGAACAGGCCGAGGAUAUGCACACCGCUGUUGCAUCGACGUCUCUAGCUGCGCGCUUUGGCGUCAUCCAGUCGCUCACACCGCCGGCGACGCCACCGCCGGACCCCAACGUGAUUGACUGGGACGAGUACACGGUGGUCGGCACUUCGCAGAAGCUGGAGAAGCCCUACCUGCGUUUGACUUCAGCGCCGAAUCCCAAGAUGGUGCGGCCGCUUGCAACCUUACGCCGCACACUUGCGCUUCUGCGGCAGAAAUGGGCUAACGAAGGAAAUUAUGCAUACAUCUGCGACCAGUUCAAGAGCAUGCGGCAGGAUCUCACCGUACAGCGCAUCAAGAACGGGUUUACGGUCGAAGUUUACGAAACACACGCGCGGAUUGCACUUGCGCGCGGCGACCUGGGCGAGUACAACCAGUGCCAAUCGCAGCUGCGCAGCCUGUACGCGUACGGACUGCCCGGCGCGCGGCUCGAGUUUCUAGCGUACCGGAUCCUCUAUCUCUUGCACACACGUAACCAGCGCGACGUGAAUGCACUCAUGAGCGAGCUUGAUCCGACUGCGAAAGCAGAUCCAGCCGUCGCGCAUACGCUGGCCGUGCGUGCAUCGAUGCGUCAGGGCAACUUUCACCGACUGUUUGCGCUGUACAAAGACGCGCCGAAUAUGAAUGCAGAGAUUAUGCGCCACUUUGUCGAUCGCGAGCGCGUGCAUGCACUUGGCGUGCUUGCGUGCAGUGUGCGGCCCGCGUGCCCGAUAUCCUUUCUCGUCGAGGAGCUGCGAUUUGACGCCGAAAGCGAUGCGCGCGAUUUUCUCGUAGCGCAAGAUGCGGCGCUGUACACCGAGCAGGGCCAAUGGGAUACAAAGCGCGCGAUGGAUGCGCUUGCGCACGCUGCCGAGCGGCACCGCAAAGUCGAUAUCAAAGGACAGCUGUAG